AUGCCGAAUCGUGUUCUACCCGUUCCAAGGCCGGUCUCUUGGCCACUCAAGUCUAUUGACAAUGAAUUCGGAAUCGCGACACUCUCUUUAGGUUAUGGGAGAAAGCACAGCCUGAAGCCCCGGCUGCAGGCCGCCGCGAAAGCGGGAUACAAAUGGAUCGACCUCUUCGAUGAAUGCUGGGAAGCCCACCUGAACGAGCACGGUUUGAAUGGACAGCAACCGUGGGAACCUACGUCCGAGAAUCUUCAACUCGCACGCCAGCUCGGCGACCUUGUGAAGUCGCUGGGCUUGCGGAUCAUCUGCACACAACCACUGCGGAAGAUCGAAGGCGCUAAAGACCCUCAAGAACGCCGCGCAAACCUCGACCUGCCUCCUGCAGACCCAGAAACACCGCCGUUACUGCCAUGGUCUCGUGCGCACCGGCUCUUCCCCUUUGAGAGUGGAAUGGGCGCCUACAUGCCGGUGGAGCUGGUUGCCGCCGCCGUGCUUGCCACAGGCUACCAGGGGCCCAUAUCUCUUGAGAUAUUCAGCAGUGUAUUCGACGUUUCUAGAGACCACGUCCCGGUGGAAAGUGCAAGGCGCGGGAUUGUUGCUCUGACGAAAUUGGUGGACGCCAUUCAGCGGAUCCCGGCCUUUUGGAAUCCUUCGAGGGAGGUUGCUAUCAAGGAGCUAGUACAGUUGUACUCGUCAAAUCGUGUUUCGAAAUCCAGUUUAUAG